UGAAGAAAGCCUAAUUAACAAACAGUUGCGAGAACGGACGCGCCCAUCGAUUGGAAGUAGACGGCUGUGUUGCAAUACUUACAGCACUCAACAGGUUUCUGGUGUGAUAUCCUACCUUUGCAUUGUGACACAUCCUGUCAGGUGUUGCCAAUUUGUCAGUAGAGAUUAAGCCAUCAUGGGAUGUGCCUGCCUUGGAUCACCUACAGAUGAGCCCGAUUCGGGCCGUCUGAACUCUAAGAAGGAUCGGCACUGCACAGACUGCCUCUGUACGAUCAUUUUCAUCUUAUUCUGGAUUGGCAUGUUUCUGAUUGCAGGCUAUGCUGUGGUUUUCGGUAACGUGCUGAGGGUUGUUUUCGGCUAUGACAGCUAUGGCAACAUCUGUGGGCAGAAGAACGAUCCGUUAGAGAAUGUGACUCUGUCUGGAAUGGAUAUGACAGGCAGACCAUAUGUCUUCUUCAUGGACGUGCGCUAUCCCACGGACUCACUGGAGGUCUGCGUGAGCCAGUGUCCCGAUAAGAUGCUCAAUUCUUCGGCAGACUACAAGAGUUUUGCGGAGGAGACCGAUUCCAAGAUCUGCAACUAUCCCGUGGAGGUUGCUGACUAUGGCACUGCUGCAACUGGCGUCAAUGGACCGUGCCCAGAGAUUGUCUACGCUAGUGAGCCCAUCAUCAAUCGGUGCGUCCCUCAGGAUCUGUUUGUGAUUGCCAAGGAGUACAUAGAGAACAUCAUCUCCUUCCUGAACGCCUCGGAGCUCCUCUCUAAGGCCCUAGUCGACCUCUACAUGGCCCGGUGGAUCAUACUAGGUCUCUGUGGCCUAUCACUCGUCCUGUCCUUUAUCAUGGUGGUGUUGAUUCAUCUGGUAGCUCAGGUCAUCGUCUGGGUCAUCUACUUUGUGUCCGUCAUCGGCUCCAUCGCUGGUACAGCUGUACUGUGGUGGACCUGGGUGAUGAAGAAGAAAGCUCUGGAUGCCAUAGAGCCAGCCAUGCAGCUAGAAGCAGACCAGCGGAACGUGACGGCUUUCCUUGGUUUCUCUAUCGCUGCUACCGUCUUCACUGUCAUCUUGUUCCUCAUCAUCCUGGUCAUGCGGAAACGUGUAGCUUUCACCGUCGAGCUGUUUGGGCAGGCGGGCAAGGCCAUCCGAGCCAUGCCCCUUCUGCUCAUCCAACCUUUCUGGACGUUCAUCAUCCUCAUCGUGUUCUUUGUCUACAUCACCAUCGUCUUCAUCGCCAUCUCUGCAACAGGCUACCCCAUUGUGACCGAACCUCAUGGAUACAUCUCCUACAACCCCCCACAGCCUGUACGCUACAUGUGGUGGUACCACGCCAUCGGGUUCAUCUGGGGAGCUGAGUUCAUCCUGGCCUGUCAUCAGUUUGUCAUUGCUGCAUGCGUGGUAGACUGGUAUUUCACUAGGGACAAGGAUAACUUCAGCUCUCCCAUCCUGCGCUCCACAGGUCGACUGCUCAGGUAUCACAUCGGCUCCAUGGUGUUUGGAUCUUUCAUCAUUGUCCUUGUCAAGGUACCCAGGGCUAUCCUCAUGUACACCCAGUACAAAUUGAAAGACAGUCAGAACCCUGUUGCUCAGUGUGUACUCAAGUGCCUCAUAUGCUGUCUCUGGUGCCUGGAGAAGUUCCUCAAGUUCUUGAAUGAACAUGCCUACAUCGUGAUUGCUAUUGAAGGUGACGGUUUCUGCAGUUCUGCUGCAAAGGCCUUCACAGUGCUGCUGUCCAAUGCCUUGCGUGUGGCGGCCAUCAACUGUGUGGGUGACUUUGUGCUGUUCUUGGGUAAGCUGAUGGUCGUAGCCAUCACAGCAGCCAUCGGUGUCGCUAUCAUGGGGACGAACGAGACUCUCCUCUUCUAUGCCAUUGCGGCAUUGAUAGUUGGAAUUUUUACAUACUUUAUAGCGAGCAGCUUUUUUCUGGUGUACGAGAUGGCAGUAGACACCCUUCUGCUCUGUUUCUGUGAGGAUGCCCGCGUCAAUGACGGCUCUCCUGAGAAGCCUUACUUCAUGGAUAGGGAUCUCAUGGAAUUUGUGAGUAACAGCACUGAUGCUAUCGAUGGCUUAGAGAACAAGAAACGAACAAGGGUGCCAACUGAAGAACCAGUCGAGACCAACACUAAACCACCACCGUCUGUUCCUUCUGAUGCAGAGGACCAACCUGACUCUGCUAAACCUGCUACUGAACUACUUUCUUCAGAGGAGCCUGCACAGCCCACACAGGCAGAAAAUGUAGAAAUCGAGGUUCCUGAAGCAGAUAAGGAAGGAGCCUCCCCUGUGAGCGUAUAAUACCAGCCAUUUCUACUGGACGCAAACCGCCCUCUAUCAGCUCGACUGAAGCAGGGGGAGCUUUUAUGCCUCUGUUAGGAAGUAGCCGGAGGCAUUAUUUUCUUUUAGUUUUCUUCGCCCAAGCCUCCUUGCACAACCAAAUCAAUGGAUUUGCAUCAAUUUAUCUUAAUUAUUCAAACCAUUUGGUCACCAUUUGGUCACAAAUCACAAGAAAUUGUGACAAGUCCAAGGUAUUUUUUCGCUUAGCUUAGGUUACUGAUCACUUCCAGGAUUUUAGUUUAUCUGGUGAUCUUAUUGAAUUAAGCAGUUGACUCCUGAAUUCUCUCACACCCAUAGGCUUUUAUACAGGAGCCACUAGGUUCCAGUAGGCAAUGGGUUCCUAGCUGUACUACAACUUUGAUCGGAGUCAGAUCAAUUAUGAAGAUGAAGAUGAUCAUUUAAUGUCAAUUUAGUUUGUUACCCCGUAAUAUUUGGUAACGUAUGUCACACAAAACAAGUUAUGAACAUCAUGGAUAUUAAUUUCCUGGCAUUGUAUGCAUUUUUCUGUGAAAUAUAUAUUUUUCAAUCAAAUCUAUGACCAUGAGCCAUGAUUAGUAUGGUAUACCACACCCAAUAAGGCUUUCAAAUGACAAUAAACCUGAUGGAAAUAGUUGAAAUCACUCUGUUGUUGAGAUAUUUGAGUAUGAGUAUAUCAAUUCACAGGGUAUAUUUUAGAAGUGUCUUGCCCUCCCCCUAUUUCAAUUACCCCAAUAGUGUGGAUUUAUAUGUUAAUUAAUCUAGAUUCUGAAGUGUGAAAUUUACAUCAUGUAUGUGUAAUUCUCUGCGUAGUGAGGCUUUAUAUUUUUAUGUGCGGUAGAUGACACAUUAAGAGGCUAUAUAAACUGUAGUUAACAAGGGUAUUAUAACCAUGUUAUAUUUACAUUUAGAUUGAUUUCAAUGUAUUUAAGUCGUGUAGUGCGGUUUCCCGAAUUAGAUCCAGUAUUCAGGAUAGAAAAGAUUGUAGUUGUGUGAAUGUGUUAAAUGCACCAAUGUUUACUUUACUAGUUCUUAUGUUUUUUAAGUAUUUCUUGGGUUUGGGUUUAAAUUUUAAUCAUUUUGAUUAUACCAAGGAUACAACAUCAAAUGAAAUUUGAAAUCUUUGCAUCUGAUAAACUAACUAUACUAGCCUAGGUAUCUUUUCUGUUUUCUUUUUGUUUGUAGUGCAAUUUAUAUAAAAGAAAGGGGGAACAAAUCUGCCAUUUUUUUAAAGAGAAUGUAAACUUAUUGCACCACCUAUUAUUCCAUGUUUUUAACUGCCUAUACUGCAAAUUGACAUAAAGAUUUACAUAUUCAGAAAAUAUUCAUUUUUACAUUCAUAUAGUGUGUGUUUGGAGCGAAAAGGGCAUUUACUCCACUUAAAAUAAUAAUAGUUAGUACUGUGGCGUAAAACAGACGAUAUAUGAUACAUGUAUAUGUAAUGAUCAGAGAGGCUUUUUUCUAAAUUUUUCCUAUUUUAUUAUUGUCAUUAUUAUUAUUUAUUUGGGAAUUUCAUACAAGUCAUACAUGCAACGUACAUAAAGUAAAAAUGUAAUUAUAAUUUUGAGCUCCUCACCGACAUGCGUUCAAUUUUUCCAGUUAUAGUAAUCCGGAGCAUGACAUAAUAACUUUUUCUUAAGGUCCCCUUAUAGUUUUCAUCCUUCUCGUGUUUCUUGUUGAUAGAGGCUUAUCAAUUGCUGAACUUUUCUCACACAAGCUCAUAGAUGUGUAGUUUGCAAUCUUACGAUGAAGUCUAUAGCAAAUAUUUCGUAUAUUAUGUUCUCCGCCAUUAUAUUUUGUUGCUACGUUUGUUGAUAUGUGUGUAUUUUUGUACUUACCGCGUAUACAAUCCAGAUGUUUGCUUCAUUUUGUGUGUGAUUAUUUUUUUAAUUUUGUGAAUACUUAUGGUUUAAUAUAACCAAGAUAAAAUUACCUUUCAUUUGUUUUUCUUUUGUGAAUACUUCUAGUUAAAUUAAACCAAAAUAAUGCUACCUUUCAGUUGAUACUACGCAUAAAUGUGUACAGAGGGGUUGGAGCUCAAUUUCACCUGUUGUCUGGAGUGAAUUUGUAUACAUGUGAUCUCUGGAAGCAUACAAUUUCGAAUUUAAGUAUAGAUGAAUAGCCCUUUUGGACCUUUCUAUAGUGGUCGGCUUACCGGUAGUAGGUUUUGUGGGGUAUUUCAUCCUCAAAGAAGGGCUCUGUUAAACAAAGUGUAGCAGUCGAUAAUCGUGAUAAUAGCUACAAGUUUACAUUGCGCUUAUAUCCAUCCCAGGGGAUGCUCAAGGCACCAGAGAGUACCAUAUUUACCCUGGAUUUUUAGUACAGCUGCCCUAAGGCAGUCGGUGCUGAAUUCCUACUGGGUACCCAUUUUCUAUCCCUGGGUGAAGAGUGGCAAAUGUAAAUUAAUGUCUUGCCAAAGAAAUGGACUGAUUAAACACAUGAUCAAUUGAUUAUACUGAGUGCGAUCAAUUGCACAUAUCUGCUAUUUCUAAAAGCAGAAAGAAAUACAUAUACUUUAUAAGUCUUGCCUGUGAUGGGGGAAUCAUUGAUUACUCCCCCCCCCCCCCCCCCCCCCCCCCCCUCCUCGCCCUUUGCUUUCCAUCUUGUAUCUCCAAACAUUUAUUUUUUGUCAUAGACAAUACAGAAGUGACAAUUUUUGAUGGACAUAAUAGAGUCAGAUAGAAUGAUCUUAUUUUGAGUCAUAAUAACCACAAUUUGUGUUGAAUUUGUUAUAUGUCUUUUUGUAAUGUAAUCUAGUUAUAUAUAUAUUUGUAUGUUUGGUACAAUAUGUUUGACUUGCAUUUUGCAAUAAUUAUUAAUAGAAUAGUUGAAUUAGCUUAGAAAGAAUGUAUACUUAUAGCUUUAUUAAAACUUUAAAAGUGAUAAUAUAUUCCUAUAAACUGUAUCCUAUUAUUUGUAUAACCAUAAUACUGAGCCUGCUAGAUGUGGGAAAUCAUUAUGAGAAUGUAAUAUAUAAUCCUAGUACUUACACAUGUAUAACAAAAGUAGUAAUGAUCUCAUUUAAAUUGCAUACUAUUUAGCCAUUAUAAUCAUACAACUGGGUAGAAAAGUAUAUAUUAUAAUGAGAACAGUGAGACAUUGGUUUAUGGUAUAAGGCUAUUUUUAUGAGGAUAGAGUUUUUCUGACAACUUCAUUUAGGUGGUAGAAAAUUGUAUAUUGUAUUUAAGGAAAACAGUCAAAUGUUGAUCUACAAUAUCUAUACAAGGUUGCCUUUUUAUUAGGGUGGAAUAGUAGUAGUUGCUUUGUUCUCUUUAGCCUGUACUUUGAUAGAAGUGAUGAUUAUAAAAAAAUUAGGCAUAAUAAUGAUGAAUAACAUUGCAAGUUAACAACAUCGAUAGUACAUUCAUAAGAUUUUUCUUCUCAUGAAACUUAUUCAUUCUCAAUGAUUGCCUUUCCAAUUUUUUGUUCAUAUUCUCUGUGCAUUUUGGUGAAUUUAACUCUGGUGCUUUGUUUUUACACAUUAAUCUCAAUUUUAUUGUUUUUGAAGUGUGUUUUCAAUUCAGGAAGAUGAAAAAAUUAUCAUCGGGAUAUGCUUGUGCUUUCAAUAGCAAAUUUUUGCAAUUUCCAUUCUUCCUUAUUUGAAAUUGUUUGAUAAAAGGGAAUUUUCGAUCAAACUUGUUUAAUCACUUCCUUUUCAUGUAUUACAUUAUCUGUCGGUUAAUGUUUUUUAUACAUCGACAUGGUUUCCUACUUCUUUUGUAUAUACUUGCAUGCAUUUUUUGUGAUACAUACAUGUAUAUGACUGGAAUUAAUUGUAAGUAAAUGUGUAAAUCAGGAUACUCACUGGAAUAAAGGAGAAAAAUAAACUUGCU